AUGAGUAUACUUAGUCGGAUUUCCGAUACUUUUCAUGGUGUUGUUGACGGUCUUAACAACACUUUUAAGGUCAUGAAUGCUACUGUUCCUGCUCCUGCUCCUUUGCAGUCUGUUAAUUCUGGCCUUGAAGCUGGUAUCAAGGCCACAACCAAGUUUGACAAUAAGGUUAAAGAUGUUGCUGGUGCAAUGUAUGAUAAUUGGAUUAAACCUGAAUUAGAUGCUAAGGUCAGUGCUGGCAAGGAGUUAGUUUCUAUAAUCCGCUUUUCUCCGAGAUUGGCGAACAGCCCCGUUUAUGAUUCUGAGAUCUAUGCUACUACUUCCAGCAUUGAGGAUCAUUCUGUUUUUGGAUAUCAGGAAGGUUGGGCUUCUUACCGUUAUGCACCGAAUGUUGUUUCUGGUUUAAUGCGUCCGACUUCUGAGGGUGCUUUCUCUACUUGGACAUUUGCCGAUGCUUAUAGUACUAAGCCCACGCUUUCCGCUGGUUGGGCUCGAGAGGAUCCUAAUAUUCCCAAUCGUGUGCUUGCUGUCACUUCUGAUCUUUCUGAUCAGAUUUUUGCUGAUUUCUAUUUCGAAGCAAAAUGGUCUAGAGUCAUGCCGAUGUUCUCUGUUCCUGGUGCUAUUGGUGCAUUUUAA